AUGGCUGCUACUUCCCAGUUUGCCAGUAGAUACAAGAAGGAUUUGAGCACAGAAGCCCUCAGGACCAAGAUUGCCCGCAGGAAAUCCAUCCUUCAGAAGGAGAACAGGCACAAGCUCUUCGAAAAGGGCCGGCAGCUGGGGCUGGCAGAUGUCAAUGUUCAGCUCUCCAAGGACAGGGGAAUUUCUGAGCUCAAGGAAACCAGGGACUUGUGCUCUCAAGAGAACUCCAAUGUGAAACAGAAGGCAGCCCCAAGUGCAGGCACCAAGAGGAUGAACGAGCGCAGGGAGAUGCUGCAGCGCUACAAGGAGGAGAAGGAGCUUCGCAAACUGCAGGAGCAGAGGGAGAGAGCCAGGAAAGGGGUGUUCAAGGUUGGGCUCUACAGACCAGCUGCACCUGGGUUCCUUGCUGCUGAGGAAACUGCAGUAGCAAAGCCAAGAGAGAAGGCAGCUCCUGCUUUCUCUGGAAGGAUUACUCGGUCAAAAGCCAAGAUCCAAGAAGGAAGAACCAUGAUACCAACUGCACCUAAGUCCUCUACGGUCAAUGCCCACGGGCAGAGUGUACGCUCUACACAGGCAGGACAUAAACAGAUGAGUACAGCCAAAGUGGCUGAAAAAGAGAAAGUGUUGCAGACUGCAGCCCAGCCAGCCCCAAGUGUGAGAGUCACCAGAGCAGCUGCCUCUGCAGCCAGGCAGGUGCUGAAACCAACUGCUGCUGCUGCUGGUAACCAGCCACAGAGAAAGGCAGCAAACACAGUAGGAAAGCAGAAGAAAGCAGUCAAACCUGAACCCAUAAAGAUAAUUUCUUCUAAACAUGAAGUGGAGACAAAUGCUGGAGUGGAACCAGAGCUGAAAAGUUCUGCAGCUGAUUCCAAGCACUCAAUGCCAGUAGAACCUCCACAAGAACAAACCUCAGUGGAAAACAACAAUUUUUCUCCAAGGAGACCCAGAACACGCUCCUUUGCACCUCAAAACUUUGUGUUUCAGCCUCUGAGUGGAUUGGCAACCUACACUGUGACACCCAUGUCUCCUUCAAAGGCAAAUGCUUUUUUGACACCCAGUGCUGUCUGGAAUUUUUCAAAAUCUCCAGUCAAAAUAUUUGAAAAAUCCAGUGAAACUAAAAAGCCUAAUUUAAAAAGUCAGCCUUCACCUUCUGUUAAAGGCAUUCAAGAACAGCAAAUGACCACAAGUUUGAAAGGAGGAGGUGAAUCAGAUGAGAGAGCUUCCAUUCAGAGAUCAAACAAAACAACUCCUGCCUCAACAACACUUGCAGUGAAGUCAGAUGAUACAAGAGAGCAGGAGCAUGAUGUGCCCUAUUUCAGAAACGUUCUUCGGGCUGAGACAGAGCGGCUGCUGUCUCAGUGCCUGCAGUGGGAAGGAAACCUUGAGCUGGACAUUGCAGAGGAUGCUAAAGACCUGAUUCGCACCACAGUUGGUCAGACAAGGCUGCUCAUAGGAGAAAGGUUCAAACAGUUUGAAGGACUGGUUGAUAAUUGUGAAUUUAAACGAGGUGAAAAAGAAACAACAUGUACAGACCUGGAUGGAUUUUGGGAUAUGGUUAAUUUUCAGAUUGAAGAUGUGAAUAAAAAGUUUGAUAAUCUGGUGAAGCUCCAAGACAAUGAGUGGCAGCCACUUGAUGUCCCAAGCAAGGCAGUUGUCAAGAAAAAGGCAGUGCCAGGUGGAAUGCCCAAGGCCAAGCUGGAAGCUGCUGCCAGAGCUGCUGCCCGGAGCCGUCUGGCUUCUGUCAAAGCAGCCAUGAGGGACAGAAUGAAGCAGGGGGGAGAUGCUGAAGGUGCCCAGCAGGAGAGGCUGCCAGAGACAGAGAAAGUGGUUUUUGAAGCAGGAUUUUUCAGGAUUGAAAGCCCUGUGAAAAACUUUUCAGGUUUGCUUCCAAGGACCCCUGGAAAACUGGCAAAUCAAAGAUCAUCCAUUAGAUCUCUGCUUUCUUCUCCUCUCUGUAACCCUGAGGAUGCAUCUGCAAAACAAACCCCAUCAGCCCUCACAGGCUCCCACCCAGUCCAGAGUCUGAAAAUGGACCAACUUCCCACUGAACAAUCUCCCCCACUGGAUAAACUCCCUGAAAGUCUUGAACAGAGCAUUUCUGUUGUUGCAGAAGAAAUGUGUCUGGCUGCUGGCACAGCAGAGGGAAAUAAGGUCCUGGGAGAUUCUAGCAGUGACUCAAGAGCAGGGGAUGGCAUGGAAGAGAUGGAACUGUCUGCUGCAGAGCAGGGACAAGACAUCAUCAUGUGCAGCCCAGACAAGGAGACAAACUCUGCUCAGUCUGGAGAGCCACAAAUCCAUCAGCCAGAUGUUUCAUGCAGUGAUUUGACACUCAUUGACAGAAAUCCUUUUGAUAUGCCAGUGCUGGAUGCUGAGCUCCCCUUCACUCCAGUCAAGACUAAAGCCCAGAAGUUUGCAGCAGCUGAAGUAUUCAGUGACCUCAUCGUGUUUUCUCCCGUUGGUCCCUCUGGGGAUCAAUGA